UAACCGUUAAACUUGGACUAUAGUCAACAUCUAGUAAACUUGCAUGAGAGUGUAAGCACACACCUAGAGACCUUCAAAUUAUCUACUAUUACAACUCUUUUGCUUACAUUGGAACUUCACCUGAUACCUGUGGACCACGGUCAAGGCCAUUUCUGGUCUAGGUUGAAAUUUUUUUUUUCUGCUAAUUUUUACAGAUAUCUUAGUAGGCUAGAAAUGCCCUCUCUCUAUUGGUGGAGAGGUUAAUUAAUACCUUUUUUAAUGGCUACUAGAGAUCAAUAGUUAAGCAGGCACUUUAGUCCUGAGUGUAUAAAAGUGGUGGCCACUUUCCUGCAGCAGCAGUGCUCUUGGCUGUUAGCUAAAAGUGUGCUCCACGUUCCAGCUACACCUGCAAAGAUGCUGACUAUUUCACUGAUUUGGGGAUUAGUUGUGGCUUUGUGUUGUUUCUUCUGGCUUAUUGUUGGCAUCAGAAGACGACGGCAGCCAGGAGAGCCACCCCUGGAAAAUGGUUUCAUUCCCUACCUCGGAUGUGCUUUGCAGUUUGGUUCCAAUCCUCUAGACUUUCUCAGGUCAAGGCAGAAAAAAUACGGAGAUGUCUUCACCUGCAAACUUGCUGGAACAUUUGUGCAUUUUGUGACUGACCCAUUCAUGUUUAAUGCGGUGAUGCGCCAUGGACGACACUUCGAUUGGCAGAAAUUCCACUUUGCAACCUCUGCCAAGGCCUUUGGACACAGCAGCUUGAAUCCUGAUGAUGGCAAAACUACUGAAAAUAUACAUGAAACAUUUAACAAGACAAUGCAGGGAGAUGCACUGGACCCGCUUAUCACCACCAUGAUGGAAAAUCUUCAACACACAAUGUUGCAGUCCGUUGCAUCCAAAGCAAAUGAAUGGAAAAGUGAUGGACUCUAUGCCUUCUGUUACCGAGUGAUGUUUGAGGCAGGUUACUUGACUAUUUUUGGCAAUGAGUUCAAUACAAAAGAUGACAAAAGUUUAGCUAGACAGGAAGCACAAAGAGCACUCAUCCUUAACGCCCUCGAAAACUUCAAAGAAUUUGACAAAAUUUUUCCCGCUCUAGUAGCAGGUCUACCCAUACAUGUCUUCAAAUCAGCUUACAGUGCCAGGGAGAGCCUAGCAAAAGAUCUGCUCCAUGACAAUCUCAGAAAGAGAAACAACCUCUCAGACAUUGUCACCCUCCGGAUGUUCAUGAAUGACACUGUUACCACACUAAAUGAUGCUGAGAAGGCAAAGACCCAUGUGGCACUUCUCUGGGCAUCUCAAGCUAACACCCUUCCUGCAACUUUCUGGAGUGUCUACUACCUCCUGAGAUGCCCAAAAGCAAUGAAGGCAGCCACCAAGGAAAUCAACGAGGUUUUGGAAAAUGCUUCUCAGAAAGUGACCUUUGAUGACAAGUAUAUUUUUCUGAACCGCCGUCAGUUGGACGACAUGCCAGUUUUAGACAGCAUUAUCAAGGAAUCAAUGAGGCUAUGCAGCGCAUCUAUGAACAUCAGAGUGGCCAAAGAGAAUUUUACUUUACAACUGGAAGACAGAGGGUCAUUCAACAUCCGUAAAGAUGACAUUGUCGCCAUGUACCCCCAGACUGUUCAUUUGGAUCCUGAAGUUUAUGAAGACCCUUUGACAUACAAAUAUGAUCGGUUCCUGGAUGACAAUGGCAAAGAAAAGACAGAUUUUUACCUCAAAGGAAAGAAAUUAAAAUAUUACUACAUGCCAUUUGGGUCUGGGAAAACCAAGUGCCCUGGACGUCAGUUUGCGGUGCAUGAGAUCAAACAGCUACUGACUCUUUUGAUAUCUUACUUUGAUAUGGAACUUGUGGAUAAGAAUUCAAAAUCCCCACCCCUAGAUCAGUCCCGUGCCGGCCUAGGCAUCUUGCAGCCAACCUAUGAUGUUGAUUUUAGAUUCAGACUAAAAGCCCAUUAAGUGAAACUGUCCAAAGUACAUUAUUUAAGUACACACCUAUGUGGCAGUUCACAUCUGCAAGCAGUUGUGUUUUGUCCGGUCAGAUUCUUCCAAAUAACACCAAAUGAAAACCAGAUAGACCCCUUUAAAAUCAAUGGGAUCCAUUGGUGUCCAUUGUGCAACAGACCAUCUGUCUCUGUUUUCUGGCCCCAAAUGGAGUCUUUGAUGGAGGCCCUAAACGGAGCCUCAGACUCAGAUGUAAAUGAGGCCAACAUACUCCUGGCUCAGACUGUUUACCGCAGAUGCAUCUAAGUAUCUUCUAAAUGAUGUAAUAUGCAAAUAAUAUGUAAUAUGCAAAUCACAAUGUAAAAUUGUAUGUUCAUUUUAGAAGGUUAAAUUAAACUGGAAUAUAGGAAGUAGUCACUGAGGAGCUGGAUAAGGUUUUGUUCACUUAACCAUUAUUUCUUCCAUUCUUGACUGAUACCCUGACCCUUGAAUAGGGUCUGUCAAGUUAAAAAAAAUAUUUGUACUAGCCAAAAAUGGAAAGGUGAUAAUAUGAACAGAGCCUUAUGGAGUUUGUAGAAAAAAUGUAUAUGUUGUAGUUAUUUUUUUUAAUUAUGUAUUGUAAGACAUGAGGAGUGUUAUAUUAAGUAAACAUUUAUAGUGUUUUAACUAUAAAUCACAUUGUACAUAAUAAUUGUUGAUUACUUAUACUAUAAUUUCCAAAAACUAUUACCUCCCUUCAAGGAAUUCAAUGAAAGUAUAAAAAUGAUACUGUAUGCUGCUACUGAAUGACCAGUACACAACCCGGGACUGUAUAAAACUUUGACAUUUGUACAUAAAACAUGUCUAUAUUUACAGCUUUAUCCAUAGGAGAACCUCACUCUUUGGAUGUACUGUAUGUCUGUUCCGUAAGACAACUAUUUGUAAAUAAAGAAAUUGCUAUUUUUAAAAGGUGCAUUUCAUUAUCACUGUACAAUGUAGAAUUGUGUUCUGUGAGCCAACUAUAGAUAACAAGAACUGAACACUUCAUAAUGGGAAAGCAAACUAAUAUAUAAAUUGUCCUGUAUUAGGGGUAUAGGCAUAGGGUGGUGCGGAGGUUGCCCCUUAAAAGGGUACUCCACUGGCCAGCGUUCGGAACAUUUAGUUCUUAACGGCAAUCACGCCCCCUCCCAUAGACUUGCAUUGAGGGGUGUGGCCGACCCCACAGCACGCACACAGCAUUCGGAACUAAAUGUUCUGAACACUGGACAGUCCUGUACUCCUUUAAGCUGUAGAUAGCUCAGAGCCCAAGACGGUAUUAGAACAACAAGGC